AUGACAUCAUGCGAAGAACAGUUGAGCAUUGUCCCCCAGGUGUCGUGUUAUCACCACCUGUGUCUAUUGGUGGAUCUCGAGUUUGCCGAAGAUGUAGCAGUAGUCGUUUCUAGCAGUGCCAAGUUACAACAUGUGGUUAACCUUGUACCGAAAUUAGCUGCACCUCACAGACUGCGACUCUGCCCUGAUAAACGCAACCAGAGGUUCGGACGUCUGCCAAAUCUCGAUCCUUACGGAAGAGAAUUGUCGUUGGUCCAGUACUACUUCAUCGACAUCUUUGCCGUCAUCAUCGGACUCGCUGCUGGAUUCCUAGUGAUUUUGAUAUUAUUGAUAAAGAGGUUUUGUUGUAAGCGUGAACGUAAGUCGAAAUCCGAAUAA